AUGGCGGCGCUGUCCACUGGCUCUCAUCAAUCAGUGGUUUGGAGGCUGCAGAGGAGGGUGAGUUCAGACGAUAACCUCACCGGGCCAAUGCAAUUACAGCGAGCUCCGGGACGGCCUCACAGCACGCACUCCAGUUUGAUGGCUUUCACUCCAGGCAUCACCACCAGCGGCAAAAGCUCCGUGGAUUCCUCUCUCCGACUGAACAGUAUGGCCUAA